AACUGGCAACAUUGCAAUGUGGCGUAUGUGACGCUAACUGUACGCCAUCUUGAAUGAUCCGCUAGCUGUUGUUGUUUGGCUGUUGUAUGUAUGGAACAUGGCCGAGAACGAUAUAGAUUUAUACGCCGACGAUAUUGACCAAGACUUCGCUCAGGACGAUUUCGGAGGUGGUGACAAUGUAGAUUUAUAUGACGACGUUAUUUCAACACCCGCUACGGGAACUGCUGGUGAUAAUGCAGAGUCGAACCAUCAACCUCCCGCCGACACAAAUACGGAAGAGACAAACGGCACCACUUAUCAAACUCAAGGGAAUAAUAUUACACCUAACACAAUCGGACGUAGACAUCAGCUUUACGUAGGCAACUUGACAUGGUGGACGACAGAUCAAGAUAUCACAGAUGCUGUACGUGAAAUUGGAGUGAACGAUUUUCACGAAGUGAAGUUCUUCGAGCAUCGCGCCAAUGGACAAUCCAAAGGUUUCUGCGUGGUCUCAAUGGGCUCGGAGGCAAGCAUGCGGCUCUGCAUGGAACGUUUACCCAAGAAAGAAAUCAACGGACAAAAUCCCGUCGUUACCCCUCCAACCAAACAGGCCCUAAGUACCUUUGAAAGUCAGUCCAAAACUAGACCGUCUCCACCUAAUAACGCGGGCCCUCGCGGUCAGCAUCCUAGCCAAUCUAACCAGCACCUUCCUCCAGGUUCCCAUCAGAAUUUCCCGCCCCGGAUGCCGAUGGGUUCGCCAAUGCGAGGACCUAUGCCACAUCCCGGAAUGCAAGGUGGACCGAGGAUGCAGGGACCGCCGCCCGGAUUCAACGGACCGCCUCAGAUGAAUCAGGGGCCGCCCAGGUUUCAAAAUCCGCAGUGGAAUGGACCGAGACCUAAUGGACCUCAAGGUGGACCUGCAAUGCGUGGCCCACCGCCUGGACCUCAAGGUCCUCCUAGGCCCAUGUUCCAAGGACCCCCACAAAUGCAAGGCCCUCCCCGAGGACCACCAAACCAAGGCCCUCCACCACAGGGACCUCCUCGACCGGAUUGGAAUCGACCUCCAAUGCAACAAGGUUUUCCACCACAAGGUCCGCCUAUGCAAGUGCCCCCGAACAUGGGGCCAAGAGGACCUCCACCGAUGGGCGCACCACCUGGUCCGCAACAAGGACCACCUCAAGGCCCUCCAGCCCCUCAUGUCAAUCCUGCCUUCUUCCCACAAGGCGGGCCCCCACCGCAAAUGCAACACCCGGGUAUGCAACCGGCCCCGGGAAUGCCACCACCACAUGGACCGCCACAUGGGCCGCCCCAUGGACCACCCCACGGCCCACCAAUGGGUCCUUCACAAAUUCCACAGCAUGGUCCUCCUCACAAUUAUGGCCCACCUACAAACGUGCCGCAGCCUCCUUAUGGUGGCCCCCCUGUCUCUGACCACAGACCUGAUAUGCCCCAAAUAAGUGAACAAGAAUUCGAAGACAUAAUGUCUCGUAACCGUACGGUUUCUAGUUCAGCGAUUGCGCGUGCUGUGUCAGAUGCGGCGGCCGGAGAGUUUGCCAGUGCCAUCGAGACACUUGUCACAGCAAUUUCACUUAUCAAGCAAUCGAAGGUGGCCCACGACGAUCGAUGCAAAAUACUAAUUAGUUCGUUGCAAGAUACUUUGCGAGGUAUAGAAGAUAAGAGUUACAGUUCAGGACGGAGGGAUCGUUCUCGAUCUCGGGACAGGUCACACAGGCGCGCGCGCCGUGAGCGUUCAAACUCAAGAUACCGCGAGCGAAGCAGAGAUCGCGAUCGCGAACGUGACAGAGAACGCGAACGUGACCGCUACUACUCAGAUUACAGGGAGCGAGAGAGAGAAAGGGACCGAUCUCGUAGCAGAGGAGGAGACCGCGAGAGAGAACGUGAAAGAGAAAGGGACUAUAGAGAUCGUGAUGGGGAGGAAAGUGCCGCCCAAACUAGCUCUAGAGUUUCUCGUCCAAGGAAAACAACUCCCGAUGUAGUCGACACACCCUCAGAACCAACCACUAAAUCUCGGUACUAUGAGGAUCGCUAUAGAGAAAGGGAAUCUGGUCGAAGAGAGGGUGAGCGGGAACGAGAAAGGGAAAGGGAUCGUCGAGAUGAAUCGCAUCGAUCCAGGCAUUAGAGAAAUAAGGAUUCAAAUUUUAUUCGUGGAUUUAUAGAUAUAAGUGUAGAAAAUAAGUUUCAUUCACUUACUACAAUUGUGUAAUACAUAUUUUCUUCUGUUUAUGUAAUUUCAAUUAGGUCCUAUUAUGAUAAUUUUUUGUAAUACUUCAAUGUUUUUUGCUUCUUGUCUAUUAAUGUACGUAGCUGUUGGAAGUGUUGACGUCGUCAGAAGAAAGAAGACUACAGAAAGAAGAUUGUAGCUAUUAAGGGAAUAGAUAAAAAUAAUUGUGAGAAAAACUUGAAAA